AUGCGCAGAAUAAGUACCAUUUCCCCCCAUAUCCGUUCAACAACCGAUAGUUUGAUUGCUAGUAAUAUCUUUAACGCCAUGAAACUCACGUCUUUCGUCGGAAUCUUUGCUACGUUUGUAGUUACAAGCAGCGCCUCAGCCCCCGUCACUGGUAGCUACUGUUGCACCAGCGGCGCAAACACGGAUCCAAGUACUGGAAGAGCAGCGUACUGUUGCCAGAGUGGUUCUAACCCAAACAUUGGUUCUGGCUGCGACUAUAACCACAAUUACCCGGUCGGCCACCAUGAUGUUGCCUUGUCAAGUGGGGGGUGCGGCCCUGAUGGAAAUGGAUUCGUGGGUGAACAGUAUUAA